CUAUCGAACCAAAGUCCGCCCCUAUGCUUGAUAAAGAAAUUAAUUUGCAGAAGUGAAACAGCCGCAGCCGCAAACAGAAGCAAAAGAGCUAGAAGUGAUAGCAUUUUUGUACUUUUAUACAGUGCCACAAAGAAGCCACAGAAUGACCGAUCUGCGCAACGAGAUGGACAGCGAUCUGGACCAGAACUACUCCCUGAACAGCAAUGCGGACCCCAAAAACAUGCAGGAGCUGACCAUAUACGUACAAAAUCUGUUGCAGAACGUUCAGGACAAGUUCCAGACGAUGUCGGACCAGAUAAUAACGCGCAUCGAUGACAUGGGCAACCGCAUCGACGAUCUGGAGAAGAGCAUUGCGGAUCUGAUGAACCAGGCCGGGAUCGAGGGUCAGGGACCGGAGAAAUGAGAUCCGUAGCGCUGGCACGGCCACGCCCAUUCGGAAAGUGCAUCCCAAUACCAUUAGAUACAUACAUCGAACACCUGGCACCCAGUCACCCGUAUCAAGUUUACAAUUCCAGGUUCUCACAUUCAUUUAAUCUCCUCCGCACCCAGCUGCUCCCCAAGAAAUGAAGAAAAGAACACAUUUGCUCAUCCAUUUAUUGCUUAGUUUUAAGUUUCGCCCGGUCGGGGCACAUCAUAAUUUAAGUAAAGUAAUUCUUUUGUGAGCAAUGGCCAAUAAUUUUGAAUUAUUGCCGUUUAGUUUCUAUUUAUAAAUUAAAAAUUCAAGAAUUGUAAAUUCCCUGCUAUUUGGGUGUUCAGGACUUCGAUUUAACAACGGUUACCAGGCGACCAGUUCCCGAUUUGUGUUUCCUCACCUGAAAGUUUAUUGCGAAAAGGGGAAGAGAAGCGCGUCAUUUCCGCUUGAUUAGUUAUGAUAUGCAUAUAUUUAGUAUUGUUUAUCUGGGACAAAUAAUGCAAAUCGUGACCCGUGUCCAUUAAUAAAAAGUGUAUGGAAAUCAGCGCUGAAUGGCAAGGAGUGCUAUAUAACAAUCCCUACUUUU